AUGGAGAAAAUGGUGUUGAGGAAAGUGGUUCUUCUUGCCAUUUUGUUGUCUCUUUCAUGUUUAUGGGUAGCUAAAGCAUUGGAAGGAGAAUCAAAAGUUAGUGGACAAGUGAGAGAUGAAACACCGCAUACAUGGUAUUGCAAGUACGAUGAUAAUUGUCGUGAAAAUUGUCCAGGUUGUACUAUCACUAAAUGUAACUACGGAGUUUGCAUUUGUUCAAACUGUUACCAUCAACAAUCAGAUCUAGGUGUUGAAUCGCAUAUGUAACUUUAAUAACAACAGUAAUAAUGAUUAAAUAACUACAUAAACUAUUUUUACAUCUUAUUUGAUUUUGGGUUGUUUGAUGCAAAGAUUAU